UUUCAUAGUUUUGAUGUCUUCACUAUUAUUCGACAAUGUAGAAAAUAGUAAAAAUAAAGACAAACCCUGAAAUAAGUAGGUAUGUCCAAACUUUUGACUGGUACUGUAUAUGCUUCUUUUUUUUUGUAGUAAAUUUGCAAAAUUGUAUAAAAAGUGUUUUUGGUUUUUGGAUUGUAUGUAGAUUGAUGAGAUGGAAAAAAAAAACUAUUUAAUCAAUUUUAGAAUACGGCUGUAACGUAACACAAUGCAGAAAACCUUACUGAUCUUGACAAAACGACCCCCCACCACAGUAAAUUUAAAACUGUCCCUAAGUGGAACAAACAUGCUUCCAUGACAGGUAGAAUAAAGUCAGUUCUAUUCAUGACAAUUAUAUUUGACCUUAUCCAGUUAUCUGCCUUCUGUUGCUGUGUCCAUACUUUACAUUAUCUUUCUGUGGGUUAGGUCGCCUUAUGAAUACAACAGAAUAUCUACAUUUGAAGUCAGAAGUUUACAUACACUUUAGCCAAAUACAUUUAAACUCAGUUUUUCACAAUUCCUGACAUUUAAUCCUAGUAAAAAUUCCCUGUUUUAGGUCAAUUAGGAUACCACUAUAUUUUAAGAAUGUGACAUGUGAGAAUAAUAGUAGAGAGAAUGAUUUAUUUCAGCUUUUAUUUCUUUCAUCACAUUCCCAGUGGGUCAGAAGUUUACAUACACUCAAUUAGUAUUUGGUAGCAUUGCCUUUAAAUUGUUUAACUCGGGUCAAAUGUUUUGGGUAGCCUUCCACAAGCUUCCCACAAUAAGUUGGGUGAAUUAUGGCCCAUUGCUCCUGACAGACCUGGUGUAAUUGAGUCAGGUUUGUAGGCCUCCUUGCUCGCACACGCUUUUUCAGUUCUGCCCACAAAUUUUCUAUAGCAUUGAGGUCAGGGCUUUGUGAUGGCCACUCCAAUACCUUGACUUUGUUGUCCUUAAGCCAUUUUGCCACAACAUUGUAAGUAUGCUUGUCCAUUUGGAAGACCCAUUUGCAACCAAGCUUUAACUUCCUGACUGAUGUCUUGAGAUGUUGGUUCAAUAUAUCCACAUAAUUUCCCAUCCUCGUGAUGCCAUCUAUUUUGUGAAGUGCACCAGUCCCUCCUACAGCAAAAUAAAUGGUUGGGAUGGUGUUCUUCGGCUUGCAAGCCUUCCCCUUUUUACUACAAACAUAACGAUGGUCAUUAUGGCAAAACAGUCCAAUUUUUGUUUCAUCAGACCAGAGGACAUUUCUCCAAAAAGUAUGAUAUUUUUUGUGGAGGUUUUGGAGCACUUGCUUCUUCCUUGCUGGGCGGCCUUUCAGGUUAUGUCUAUAUAGGACUUGUUUUACUGUGGAUAUAGAUAAUUUUGUACCUGUUUCCUCCAGCAUCUUCACAAGGUCCUUUGUUGUUGUUCUGGGAUUGAUUUGCACUUUUCGCACCAAAGUACAUUAAUCUCUAGGAGACAGAACGCGUCUCCUUCCUGAGCGGUAUGACGGCUGCGUGGUCCCGUGGUGUUUAUACUUGCGUACUAUUGUAUUUAUCCUGUCUUAUCUGGUGUCCUGUGUGAAUUUAAGUGUGCUCUUUCUAAUUCUCUCUCUCUUUCACUCUUUUUCUCUCUUUCUUUCUCGCUUUCUUUCUCUCUUUCUUUCUUUCUUUCUUUCUCUCGCUCGGAGGACCUGAGCCCUAGAACCAUGCCUCAGGACUACCUGGCAUGAUGACUCCUUGCUUUCCUCAGUCCACCUGGCCGUGCUGCUGCUCCAGUUUCAACUGUUCUGCCUGCGGCUAUGUAACCCUGACCUAUUCACCGGAUGUGCUACCUGUCCCAGACCUGCUGUUUUCAACUCUCUAGAGACAGCAGGAGCGGUAGAGAUACUCUGAACGAUCGGCUAUGAAAAGCCAACUGACAUUUAGUCUUGAGGUGCUGACUUGCUGCACCCUCGACAACCACUGUGAUUAUUAUUUUUUGACCUUGCUGGGCAUCUAUGAACAUUUAAAAAAUGUGGCCAUGUUCUGUUAUAAUCUCCACCCAGCACAGCCAGAAGAGGACUGGCCACCCCUCAUAGCCUGGUUCCUCUCUAGGUUUCUUCCUAGGUUCUGGCCUUUCUAGAGAGUUUUUCACACCUGCAUUGCUUGCUGUUUGGGGUUUUAGGCUGGGUUUCUGUACAGCACUUUGUGACAUACAUUUGAUUGAUUGAUUGAUACAGAUGAACGUAGUAUCUUCAGGCAUUUGGAAAUUCCUCCCAAGGAUGAACCAGACAUGUGGAGGUCUACAAUAUUUUUUCUGAUGUCUUGGCUGAUUUCUUUUGAUUUUCCCAUGAUGUCAAGCAAAGAGGCACUGAGUUUGAAGGUAGGCCUUGAAAUACAUCCACAGGUACACCUCAAAUUAUGUCAAUUAGCCUAUCCGAAGCUUCUAAACAUCAUGACAUAAUUUUCUGGAAUUUUCCAAGCUGUUUAAAGGCACAGUCAACUUAGUGUAUGUAAACUUCUGACCCACUGGAAUUGUGAUACAGUUAAAUAAUCUGUCUGUGAACAAUUGUUGUAAAAAUUACUUGAGUCAUGCACAAAGUAGAUGUCCUAACCAACUUGCCAAAACUAUAGUUUGUUAAUAAGACAUUUGUGGAGUGGUUGAAAAACGAGUUUUAAUGACUCCAAACUACGUGUAUGUAAACCUCUGACUUCAACUGUAUAGGGGGGAGUUCUUGGUUGAUGGUUUCAACCAACAGUGCGAUUUCCGGGAGUUUCCAGGCAACAGAAAACGUUGUCUCUCCUUUCACCACAGUGGGUGCUGUUGUUCAAAAUCCUCUAAUCGAUAGAUGACGCAAAUUUGCGUCACCGCAACCAGGAAAUGUAGUAGCUGUUCAAAUUAAACUUUAUGCACAACAAGGCUGCAUUCAAACUGUCAUGAGCAUCUAAUGCACAUGUUUCACACCGAGUUAGAUGUGACUCAACGCCGAUACUGUAGUUAUUUUAACAUGACAAGCAUUUCUUGUUUUAGUAGCCUGAUUUGUCCAAUCCAUAACAUGUUCUGGACACUGUUGUGCCGACUGAGGACCCAGAAGCCUUUGGGGAGUAGGACAUGUGCCUAUAGGUUCACCUCUGUCAAUCUGUCAGACCCUAUCAAGCCGCAUGUACCACCUAGAACUCUACUAGCUCCCUGGACCACCACAGGCUCUGGUCAUCAUAGGGCGUGUCACUCAAGCACACACGUCCAACACCAUGGCUGGACUGUCAGACGAGAUGUUUUGUAUGCGGCACGACAUUUUAACACCUGUGUUCAGUCACUAUCAGCUGUCCCUGGUCAGCCCACCUCCACCAGACACUGGAGUUUCAGUAUACAGAGGUUUUAUUCAACAGUUCCUGUUAAAUCAGUGAUGAAACCAGUGACCGUGCUUGGAAGUGGGAAAAAAAUUCCUAAAGGCCCCAGGACCAAACAACCAUCCAGAACCAAUCAGCCGACCCCAAAGGAGGACAAGGAUAUGAUGCAGUGCAUUGCCUAUGCAACAGCAGACCAGUACCAUCUGCCAACACUCUGCCAUGACCUCAUAGCCCACGGCUUCUAUGAAUUAGAUUUACCAAGAGAUGCCUCAAAUGCACUCGUAAUAUGCACUGACAAUGCCCAAAAACCCAGUGAUAAUGCAACAAUGUUCUUCUUCAGGGAGGGAUCAGUGGUCUUUUGGAAUGUUGAAGAGAAAACCAUGAAGAAAGUGAUGAGGCUCUUGGAGCGGCAUGAGAUUCAUCCCUACGAGGUAGCUCUGGUCCACUGGGAAAAUGAAGAGAUCAACUACACUAUUGGAGAGGGAAACUCAAAGCUACAACGUGGUAACUUCCUGCUGAACAGUGAAAUAGAUCCUGACGAGGCCGUGCUGGAUAAAUUUGCAUUUUCAAAUGCCCUUUCUUUGUCAGUGAAACUGGCCAUAUGGGAGGUGGCUUUGGAUGACUUUGUGGAGUCGAUUCAGUCAAUUCCAGAGAUGCUGAAAUCUGGGAAUAAAAUAAAGCUGUCCAGAGCAGAGGUUAUGCAGAAGAUCGGAGAACUCUUUUCUCUGAGACACUGUAUCAACCUGAGCUCUGACCUGCUGAUCACGCCAGACUUCUACUGGGACAGAGAGAACCUGGAGAUGCUCUAUGACAAGACGUGUCAGUUCCUCAACAUCAACCGCCGGGUCAAGGUAGUGAAUGAGAAACUGCAGCACUGCACUGAGCUGACAGACCUAAUGAGGAACCACUUGAGUGAGAAGCACAGCUUAAGGCUGGAGUGGAUGAUCGUCAUCCUCAUCACUAUCGAGGUGUUGUUUGAAGUUGGCAGAAUGAUUUUCUGAAGAGCUUCAUCGGCGAUGCUAAAAUACAGAUUUAAGGAAAGAAAAAGACUAACAGAUACCUAUUUAUGUAAGUACAUUACAUUAUGAUCAUAAUGAACAAGACAUUGAAGAGAAGGCUAAGCUUUGACCCCAAAGAAGGUAACUUACUGAACAUAAGAAAAUGGCACAACUACGUUAGACUUACUGUUCGUUAACACUUGCAACGAUGGAAUGGGAUUUGAUUGAUUAGGAUCCACAUUAGCCAACAACAGCUGGUCUUACAGGGGUCUUACACAUAACAAAAAAUACUUUACAAUUUACAUAGAUGACUACACACUAUAUGUUUUUACAUUUAUCAGUUACACGUGCAUGUCAGUACAUACAUACAAGUAGGUCACACGGGGGAAAGGAGUCGUGAGGUGAGGCGUUGCAAGAAGUAACACAUUUUCAAUGGAAGGACAGAGCCUUGAUACAAAUUGAGAAAUAUCACUGUAGAAGACAGGAUUUUGGUUGGUGGAGCGAGGCUAAAAGGAAGUUCACAUUUAAGCAAAUCACCAGUGUCUGCGCCACAAAAUGUAAAUGAGGAAGGAAAUGUCUCACUAGCUCACUUUAACUGUUGGAUUUCUGUUCAAAAUAUGUAUCCAAAUGUACUCAUUAAUAUAUAAAUGGUGUUUGGGGCUUUAUAUGCUUGAGUUUGUUUGUAUUAAAGUUAAAAUUGCCUAUGUGUAUUGAUUAACUGUAUUUAUUUAUUUGGAGACAUACAUUUCUGUUUGUCUUCAUUCUAGCAAACUGUAUGAUAAUUCAAACAACCAAUCCAAUGUCUCAUGAACCCAGUGACUGGUCUGUAAAGAAGCUGAGCCCUAUUAGAGCUUCAGGUCAAUAAGAAGAUGCUAAUUGUCUAUGGUCUUACCAUGUCAAAUGUUAUUCAGAAGAUGCUAAUUGUCUAUGGUCUUACCAUGUCAAAUGUUAUUCAGAAGAUGCUAAUUGUCUAUGGUCUUACCAUGUCAAAUGUUAUUCAGAAGAUGCUAAUUGUCUAUGGUCUUACCAUGUCAAAUGUUAUUCAGAAUAUGCUAAUUGCCUAUGGUCUUACCAUGUCAAAUGUUAUUCAGAAGAUGCUAAUUGUCUAUGGUCUUACCAUGUCAAAUGUUAUUCAGGUUCACGAUGUGAUCCAUGAAAAUCAACAGCACUUAGAUGUAGUGACAGCUGUCAUCUCCUGUGUGAAAUCUUUUGUGUGUUUUGAUUUUUAAAAUAAAGUGGAGUAAACUUAAUUCCAUAUUGUAAGUA